AUGUCAACGCCAAGCCGCUCGCUGCCGGGCCGGGAUGAACCCGAGCGCUCUUCGUCGUCAGAUGGGUCCGCUGCCGCCCCCCACUCAGCCCCACCAUCUGGCUCUAGUCAUCCUGGGACUAGCCGUGCGUCAUCUGAGGCUUCGUCAGACGAGACGCAGCAUGAAGCAAUUCGGUCUAUCCUAUUCACCGAUCAUGAGCAGUUCGAAGCUCUAUCGUCGGAGAUGCAGCAGAAGGUUCUUGAGGCAUUCGACUGGCUCUUGCUCUCUCAGGAAACACAGGACAGUUUGGAAGCAAAGCGACGCGCAAAGCAAGCCGAAGCUAACGCAAGGCAGGCCGAGGCUGACUGGUUGGCCAACGCCAUACGAUUGAUGGAGGAUGGCGACGACGAUGCCAUCGAAUUUCUGCAGAGCGUUUUGCUGGGUGAUGACGACCAGCGCGACUGA